AUGACGACGAACGCAGUCUGCAAAUUCAAGUCAUUUAAAGAUGCACGAAACUACGCUACCAAAUGGACCCGAGCAGAGAAAACCGGCGCUUCGUUUGAGAUGGAAGCGAGCUCAAUCAACGGUAACGCUGUGGUUACCAUUACGAAAACGAAAAAUUAUUUCAUGGAAUGCCAACACAAACUGCAAGAGUACAAGUCCGAACUGGAUCACUUAAUGGAACGAUUCGACGGUGAUUCGGUCGGUAAUGCCUCGAAACGAGUUCGUCUCAUGUGA